GGUGGCGGCAGCGAGGUUCCCUCUCUGCGCGCUGCGCUGCGCCCCGGGCGCGGGAGCCGCCCACUGCCUCCCCGCGCUCGCCCCCCCGCCAGGCUGCCGGCCUCUAUAUAGCGCACCCCUGCACUGCCCGCGCCAGGCCACGAGCCACUCAGGGGGAGCUGCAGAGCGCGCCGCGCCCGGGAGCCAUCCCCCCGCCCCCUGCGCCGCUGCCCCGACGGGCACCCCGCGCCGUGGCCGGCGCCGCCGGGCCCCCGCGGCCACCAUGAAGAAGGAGGUGUGCUCCGUGGCCUUCCUCAAGGCAGUGUUCGCCGAGUUCCUGGCCACCCUCAUCUUCGUCUUCUUUGGCCUCGGCUCGGCCCUCAAGUGGCCGUCGGCGCUGCCCAGCAUCCUCCAGAUCUCACUGGCCUUUGGCCUGGCCAUAGGUACCCUGGCCCAGGCCCUGGGGCCGGUGAGCGGCGGCCACAUCAACCCGGCCAUCACGCUGGCCCUCCUGGUGGGCAACCAGAUCUCCCUGCUCCGGGCAGUCUUCUACGUGGCGGCCCAGCUGUUGGGCGCCAUCGCCGGGGCGGGCAUCCUCUAUGGGCUGGCACCACUUAAUGCCCGAGGCAAUCUGGCCAUCAACGCGCUCAACAACAACACAACCCAGGGCCAGGCUAUGGUAGUGGAGCUGAUUCUGACCUUCCAGCUGGCACUCUGCAUUUUCUCCUCCACCGACUCCCGCCGCACCAGUCCUGUGGGCUCUCCGGCCCUGUCCAUUGGCCUUUCCGUCACACUGGGCCACCUUGUGGGGAUCUACUUCACCGGCUGCUCCAUGAACCCAGCCCGCUCUUUCGGCCCUGCAGUGGUUAUGAAUCGCUUCAGCUCUGCUCACUGGGUGUUCUGGGUAGGCCCCAUCGUGGGGGCCAUCCUGGCUGCCAUCCUCUACUUCUACCUGCUCUUCCCCAACUCCCUGAGCGUGAGUGAGCGCGUGGCCGUCAUCAAGGGCACAUAUGAGCCUGAGGAGGACUGGGAAGAGCAACGAGAGGAGCGAAAGAAGACCAUGGAGCUGACUGCCCGCUGACCUGUGUCAGGAAGGGGUCAGUCCCCUAGCCCCGGAACCACAGGGGCAAAAUAUGUACAUAUAUGACAGCAAAGCUUCCUUCCCCUACAGCUGGGUCCUCUGGGCUAGGGAGGAGGUGCUGGCUCCCCCAGCUUCACAAUAAGGAAUGGGAGCCGGAAUCCAUGAUGGGACUCUUGGGUGGGGGCCAGGGGUUGGUGUCUGAUGGGGAGGGGGGGUCUGUCUGGGACAGGGCAGCCUGCUGCCAUGAGGUCGGACCUCAGAGACUGAAAGUAGCACCAAGCUUACAGGCUGCAUGGGGGCCAAGCUAGGAAGGGGUGGCCAGCAGUCUGUAUGCCCCUAUCUUCCCCCACCACCCCCACCUUAAGAGCCAGAGGCGUCCCAGUCCCUUGGACCGCAGAGGCUGCCCCUCCCCAGAUUGCCUUAGGAGGGAGACAGACUGAUUCAUUAAAUGCUGCCUUAUUUAUUUCCGCUCAAGGAUGCACAGGGUAGUGCCGGUGUUUGGGGCAGGGGCGUACCAAUAAACCACUGACAUU